AUGCAAUGGACUUACACUAUCCUGAUACUUUACAUAAUCCAUGCAUUAUUAGCUCAAUAUACCAAUCAAUUUCAAAAGAUAUCGAUCAAAAAUGACUCCAACUCAUCUUCUAUAAAUGCGCAAGGGCUUUUGGGAAUUACGAACCUCUUGGGAGACAAGUAUUGGACAGAUAAAUCAUGUUCCUCUUCUUCAUCAGAUUCAAGUUCAGAUAAAGAAAAUGAAUCCGAUUGCCAAAACAAUGAUUGGUGUGAAAGUAUAAUUCGAAUUGACAAUAAUUCAAAAUGUAAAACUGAUCGUGCAAGUGAUGAAGACAAACACGAAUUGAAUUCAAUCAAAUCACAUUCGAAAACAAUAAAAAGGUCUAAUGAAGAUCAAAGUAUAGUUGAUUCUCAAUUUUCACAAGAUGAAAUGGACUUAUUAAACACCAAAAACAAAAUUGAUGAAUGGAAAAAUAAAGUUAACUCUAAAAAGACAUUUGUUUCUGGUAAAAAAUUGAUCAACACUGAUAAUUUCAAAUUUAGAUUUAACUGGAGCCCAAAAUUUCCAAAGAGUAAGUUCCUUGACAAAUUAUUGAGAAGUACAGAUAACAGGAAAGACUCUAGUAUUGAUGAAAGUGGAGAUUCUAAUGAUUCUAAUGAUGAUGAUGAUGAUGAAUUUGACAGUUCCGAUGAAUUCAGUAAUACAAAAUUGGUCAAGUCUAGCAAGUCUACCUUCACAUCAAGUGAACAAAAUUUUCUUGAAGACUAUUUCCCAACUUCAAUAUGGAAUCCUUUUAUCAUUACUAGCAUUAUUACCGUGACCAAGGUUUUGACAAUUUCACCAACCACAACCGUGCAUCAUGAAUUAGCGGUCCCAACUAAAAUUUAUACAGACUCCGAUAGUGGAAAAACGGAAGCACCAGAUGUAGCAAGUUCAAGAAUAACGUCCACCGAGUUUACAACUCCAAGUACCUCCUCGUUUAUAAGAUCUUACCUUCCCAAUGGAGUCGAUGAAGCCCCUGUCAAAUCAACAGUCAGUUUACCGAUUGUUUCCAAAGUCAAAAGCAGCUCAUUCAUUAAUCCAACAAAAGUGUUAUCAGAUUUCAAUUCCUUAAACACUCCUGCAUUUGAAAUACCAACUCCAACCAUUACAGAGCCAAUUGAUUCACAUACAACAUUGAAAAGCAUUCGCAGCGAUACACAUCUCCCCAAAUCCAGACCCACAAUUCAUCCUAAACAAUUGUUAUCAAGAAUCAACUCUAUGUUGAUCAAUACCAAAAGUGAUUUAUAUUCAACCAGCUCAAGUACUCCACCUAAAACGACAAAAAGAAUCGAAGUCACAACUUAUCAUUCAUUCCCAACAGAUUUCGAACGGGCAAACUCGAUAAUUUUAACUACCUCUCCGACGGAUGAAUUUUCCACAAAAGUUCAAAAAGGCUCGACUGCAGAAAUAACUUACUCCAUUGUUAUAACCAAUUCCAAUUUUCCCCGUCCAGUAUUCAAGUCAAAAACGACUUCGUACGAGAACGUGCCUUUAAUUGAAAAGGAAAAAUCACACGAAAUACCAUCAAAUGCUGAUUUAAAGUUAGAUUCUUCAUUUAUUACAAGCCCAAACUCUGGGUCAAAAUAUGACAGCAAAAUCGUUGAUGGCUCCUAUGGUAAAAUAUUAACACCAAAAUCAUAUCAAACACUUACCACUCAUGAAGCUCAGUCUCGAUGGAGCAAUGAAUAUGAAAUAGCAGUUCCAGCUUCUCCCGAACCACUUCCAACUGAGUUCGUGUCAUUGAGGUCAGAUUUCAAUAUCACACCAACAGCAGAAUCUCAAGUAUCAAUUCCAGAAGCUCAGAUUUUAUCUUCCUCCACAGUUCAAGAUAUUUCAAAUAAUGAACCAAAAGGUAUACCGAGUAGCACAAUAGAUAUUAAUUCUUCACCAAGCCAAAUCACUGAACCAACCAACGAUAAUGAACCAUUUGUAGAAUCAGUCCCAAAUACAACUGAACAAGAUUAUUUUCAAAAAUGGAAGAGCAAGUUGGAAAAGUAUUUGAUACCUACAGUACAAACAAAAUCUUCCAAACAUGACAACGAAGGUUCAAAUACAAAAACUUGUGAAACAAAGUCAAUUCAAUUGAUUGAAGCGGAUGAUGGACAUUUGAUAAUUGGGAAAGCUAGUAAAAUUCCAUUAGCUCCAGUAACGUCCGUAAUUACAACAACAGCAGCUGCCUCAUCUUCGAUCUAUUCCUCGUCCCCAUCUUUAAUUUAUUCCACAUUUUCAUCCUUAGACAUAGAUUCUGAUUCUGAAUUAAUGAGUAUUUUACCAAUAUUAGGAACCACUGUCGUAUUAAGCGAAACCACUGUCGUGCUAAGUCAAACUUCUUUCCCCACGAUUAGAAAUAAAACUUCUAAAAGCAGAUUUAAAUCAAAAAUCAAAAUGAAAAGUCUGAACCAAUUAAAUAAUCAUACUUUUGCUUCCACAUUGGAUUCCAUAAGUCUUUCAACGCCUCCCCACACUAAGUUUGAAUUGUCGACCAACUUGAUAUCACCGGUUUCAAAAAUUACAACAGCUGAAAUUCGAAAUGUUACGUUUGAUACAAAUGAAGCUGAUGCAUAUUCUUUCACAGGUGUCGUUUUACCUAAAAAUCAGUUUACUUGGAAAUCUAUGUCUUCAAUACCUUCAAAUUCCAAGGAUUACAUUAUCGGGAUUUUGAUCAUGUCAAUCACCGGAUUAAUCUUAUUACUAUGA